AUGGCUUCCUCCGCCCUUGCUUCUUCAGUUGGAUUGGCCGGUGCCUUCGCCGGAAAGGGUCUCUCCAACGCUGUGGUCAAGCCAUCGAACGGCACUCGAACUGUGAUGAGGCGGACCGUCUCUUCGAAGGCGUCUCUGUGGUACGGCCCCGACCGCGCCAAGUUCUUGGGCCCCUUUUCUGGAGACACCCCAAACUACCUGACCGGAGAGUACGCCGGUGACUAUGGGUGGGACACUGCAGGCCUUUCCGCCGAUCCUGAGACGUUCCGCCGGAACCGGGAGCUGGAGGUCAUCCACGCCCGGUGGGCUCUCCUGGGCGCGCUCGGGAUCUUGACACCGGAAGCCUUAGAGAAGUAUGCUGGUGUCAAGUUCGGCGAGGCUGUGUGGUUCAAGGCCGGCGCCCAGAUCUUCUCCGCUGACGGCCUCAACUAUCUUGGCAACCCGGGGCUCAUCCACGCGCAGUCCAUCCUGGCGACCCUCGCCACUCAGGUGAUUUUGCUGGGCGCUAUCGAGGGCUACCGCGUGAACGGCGGCCCAUUGGGCGAGGUGGAGGAUCCGCUGUACCCCGGGGGCCAGUUCGACCCGCUGGGCCUGGCGGACGACCCGGAGGAGUUCGCCGAGCUCAAGGUCAAGGAGAUCAAGAACGGCCGCUUGGCCCUGGUCGCCAACCUGGGCUUCUUCGUCCAGGCCAUCGUGACCGGGAAGGGGCCCAUCCAGAACCUGGAGGACCACCUGGCUAACCCCGCCGUUAACAACGCAUGGGCCUAUGCCACCGCCUUCGUGCCCGGACAGUAG